AAAGCAGUGUUUGUGUUCAUUUCUUCCUUACGUAAAACUGGGAAAAGGAAAGUCGAGUCAACAAAUUGCUGGGGUCAUGAUUUUCAUUAAAUACAGAUGUCUACCUUGGAAUUAGGAUCUCUUUCUUUCAUUGCGAUGAAAUGCCUCAACUCUACGUUAACGUGAAAAAAGGAAAAGUUGUUUUGGAAGAGGAACGGAAAAGUGGCCAAGCAAUUACUUAUGUGGCAGCAAAUGUGAAAAGCCAAUCAAAUGAAACACGCCUGGUUAAAGGAGCAAAUCCUGCUUGGCAUCAAAACUUUGCGUUUGAUGUCGAGGAUUUGACAGACAGCCUCAAAUUCGAGCUGAAAAUCAAAGGCCUAUUUUGGGACAAAUCACUCGGAUUUACAACAGUUCCUCUAUACCAAAUCAGGCAUUCUGCGAAGAACUCCGAAGGAGCAUGGCUGGAAUUAUUUCAACAAACCCCAUUCGGGUUACAAGCGACAAAGCACCGGUUGCUGGUCGAUGCCCGAUUCAGUUUACCGGACGGGCUUUCUGCAGAAGAGGAAGAACUUUUAGAAGAAAAGCUGCGUUACUGCUAUUCGGUACUGGGUCAGGAGAUCCAGUUGAUCCAAAACCAGUGGAAUCGAAUCAAAAUAGGCGAUCUAGAUUCACCAAUUAGAUGCUCCACUAGCGAUGAAGAAUAUGGCUCCUCCACAAUGUCACCACCAUCCUCCGUAGCACGCACACUGGUCAAAGAAGAAACCAUGGUUGCAAAAACGGAGGAUAUGGUUUCGCAAGAUGUUCCAGACGGUAAAAUAAUUGAUCCGGACUCAGCAUCGGAGCACAGUGAGAAAGAUCGGACCCUCUCUCGUUCAUCCUACGAAGAAGAAAGGAACGAUCUACCAGAGGCGGACCAAACCUCUGUACAGGCACGGAAUAACUGGAUCAAGGCAGUACGAACGAUCAAGGAGGACCAGAAAAUAAGACAAGGGGAGGGACUGGAACCGGCGCAUGAAAAAGAAAGACAAAAGUUCAAGGAAAUUUUAGAGAUACACGACCAAGAAGAGAGUGAGUAUAUGAACAAGGAAGAAACUCACUCAUCGCAUGAGGAAGGCACAAAGUCUGUCUCGCGCUCUUCCUCUCUUGCUCCAUAUGAUGCAGGCGAAGAAAUAGACAGCGUGUCUCCCCUUGAAGACACCCCAAGACUUAGGCGUAAAGGCGGCUUUAAGCUUUCCCCGUCUUCAACUCGCAGGAAAACUUGGCAGAAGAGAAGGGAAUCGAAGUCAUUUUUCGAAGGAAUCGACUCCACGUCUCGGAUUGAAGCUUCACCUCGAAGAAACUCGAUAUUUGGGGUGAGUUUCUUUCUGUUGGUGGAAGAAAGUAGAACUUCGGCCUGGGCACUGAAACGACAGUCCAGAGCCAACUUGACAAACAGAGCUUCUCUGAAUGACGAAGAAUUGAAAUUGCAUGUUUACAAGAAAACACUGCAAGCUUUAAUCUACCCAAUAUCGAGCACAACACCUCAUAAAUUCGAAAAAUUCUCCGCUCAGCAUCCAAUUUUUUGUUAUGAAUGCGAAAGUCUGUUGUGGGGGCUUGCAAGGCAAGGUCUUCGAUGUCGUGAAUGUGGAGUCAAGUGUCACGAAAAAUGCAAAGAUUUACUAAACGCAGAUUGUCUUCAGCGUGCUGUCGAGCGAUCUUCAAAACAUGGAAGCGAUGAAAAGUCGCGUAUGAUUUUAAAUCAUAUCGAGGCCAAAAUGGAAAAGAGGGUCAUGGAGAAAGAAGAUGUUUUUAGCAUGAUCAGGGAAGUGUUUUCAGUCCAAUCUAUGGACCACAUCAAGUACAUGAACGAAGCAAAACAAAACAUUUUGAGCCGAACUUCGGUCUGGAAUGCGAGAAUUUCCAUCACUGUUGUGAGUGCGCAAGGUCUGAUUGCCAAAGAUAAAACAGGUACCAGUGACCCUUAUGUGACGGUACAAGUUGGAAAGAACAAAAAACGAACUGCAACAAUAACAAAGAGCUUGAACCCCGUGUGGGACAAAACGUUCCAAUUCGAAUGUCACAAUUCUUCUGAUCGAAUAAAAGUCAGAGUUUGGGACGAAGAUUACGAUUUAAAGGCGAGAGUUCGCUCCAAGUUCACGCGGGAGCCCGAUGAGUUCCUUGGCCAGACGAUCAUCGAGGUCAGGACAUUGAGCGGUGAAAUGGAUGUUUGGUACAAUCUAGAAAAACGAACCGAUAGGUCAGCGGUGUCUGGUGCAAUAAGGCUUCGAAUUAGCAUUGAAAUCAAAGGAGAAGAGAAACUCGUUCCAUAUCACGCCCAAUACACAUGUUUACAUGAGAAUUUGUUUCACUUCCUCUUUGAGAAUGCUGGAAGAGAAGUCGUUUUGCCGAAAGCGUUUGGGACUGAUGCAUGGAAAGUUUAUUUUGACGAGCCAGGAUUAGAAGUAGUUAACGAAUUCGCCAUCAGAUACGGGAUAGAAACAAUAUACCAGGCGAUGACGCAUUUUUCGGCAUUAUCUGCUCAUUAUAUAAACCCUGGUGUUCCAGCUGUGAUGAGCAAUUUACUGGCCAACAUCAAUGCCUUUUACGCACACACGACAGCUACCUCGGCUGCUUCGGCAUCGGAUCGAUUCGCUGCUACCAAUUUUGGGAAAGAAAAUUUCGUAAAAAUUCUCGACCAUCUACAUAAUUCUUUGAGAAUAGACCUUUGCUCGUACAGGACGAUAUUUCCUGCAUCCAACGCUGUGAAAUUGUCGGAUCUCAAAUCAACCGUGGAUCUAUUGACAAGCAUUACGUUCUUCAGAAUGAAGGUUUUAGAGCAACCUAGCCCACCAAGAGCUGCUCAUGUUGUAACUGAAUGUGUUAAGAAUUGCUUGAAGUCGAAUUAUAAGUUUGUGUACAGCAAUUGUAUGGUAUUGAGCGAUGGUGAUGAAAAUGGGAAUCGCUCUCCGGGUAACGCAGAUGUACCCGCGAGAAACCUGGAUUUCUGGCUUAAGCUUAUACGACUCGUUGUUGCUGUUAUUGAAGAAGACAAAACUAUUUAUAGAAAUAUCCUUAACCAAUUUCCUGCCGAUUUUGAUGUUGGCUACGUCAGUGCCUAUUUUAUGUGGCAGUUCUUUUUGUCUGAUCUGCGGGAAUUCUUGGACGAGCAAAGAAAACAUUCAAUGCUGACAAAUAAAGAUUAUGUUAAUCUGUAUUUUAAGGUUAAAGGUCUUUUCCAAACUCACAUAAAAGACUGCCCUGAGUACGAAGAAGAAACACCCGAAUAUAUGACGCUGUUUGAAUAUUUCAUCAUGCAAUGGCUUACUGAAAAUGAUGAAAUGUCUUUGGAGUAUAUGUAUGGUGCAAUUGACAGAGACAAAAGAGACGGGUUCCAGACGAGCUCGGAGCACUCCGACUUCUCUGUCUCCGUUGUGGAUACUUUUUCCUCCCUAAACCAGAGUUUAGAAAUUCUGAAUAAGCUAGAAUGCCCCGAUCCGGAUAUCGAGGCAAAACUACUGCAUAGAUACGCCCAGACUGUUGAUAAAGUCACCCGGCAGUACACAAAAUGCGUACAAGACAUUUUCGAGACCAUUUGUCAGUUCAAUACUGUGACAAUUAUUUGCACGCUCAUGAACAAUGUACAGCAAGUCAGAGUUCAGAUUCAGAAACUCUUUGAGUCCGCAGGCCCGGAAAAGCUCAAUGAAGAAACAAAAAUUUUAUUUCAAGAUUUACAGAAAAAUCUGAACUUGUGUUUAGACAACCUUAGUUCAACUUAUGCUCAAAGCCUUGCUCCAAAAUUCGAAGAGUGCAUGCGAAAGAUGAGUAAAACAUUGAUUCGAAUUAAGGGCGGUGUUAACAAUGUUUCGAUCAAUGACAAACACCAACUUGAUAAAGAGGUGGAGGAUGUCCUCAACCCACUUAUGCAGUUUAUGGAUGAAGUCUUCCCGAAGUUUGCUGAAUUCUGCGAUAGAACAGUUCUCAAGAGACUUCUAAAGGAACUAUGGAAGCUCGUGCUUGACACCAUUGAGAAGUUCGUUAUACUUCCAAGCUCCGAGCUCACCCGCGAGCAGCCAAACAAUUUGAGUCAGCGACAAUGUUUCAUUAUGGAACGGGCGCUUGAGGUUCUCAAGAACUACUUUUGUCAGAAUGGUGAUGGUCUUCGCAAAACCUACUUGGUGAAGACCCAAGAGCUCAUCUCGAUAAGAAACGCCUUGUCGUUAUGCUCGCAGACAACCGAUGUCCUCAUCAAAACAUUUAUCCAAACACAAGCUCAACAAAGCGAUAAUUCAAACGAGUCUUUUGGAGAGGUUUCUGUUCAAAUUGAUUUGUUCACCUACCCGGCAAAUGGAGAGCACAAAGUCACAGUCAAAAUUGUCGAAGCUAAAGAACUCAAUUGGAUUGCAUCAACCAUGUUCAGGCCUUUUGUUGAAGUAAACAUUACUGGACCACAUUUGAGUGACAAGAAGCGACGCUUUACCACAAGUCGAAAACACAACAAUUACUCGCCGAAGUUCAACGAAACGAUAUCUUUUAAUCUUGGCAACGAAGAAGACCUCUCCUGCUACGAGCUGCAGCUUAGUGUUAAAGAUGCAUCGUUGAUUCGGCGGAACCAAAUGAUAGGCACUACUGUUAUUCAAUUGAAAGAUAUCGUCAACCUAAAGUCAUCUGCCUCGUGGGUUCCACUUGAGGCAGCUGUUAGUAUGGACGACACUGGAUGGGCAAUCCUUCAGAUCCUUUCGCAACGGACGAACGAUGAAUUGGCGCGUGAUUUUGUAAUGCUGAAAUUCGAAAGAAGAGACGAGGGUGCGCAAUGAAGACUGCACCAUUGCUUGUAAAUGACCCCCAACCUAGCAUGUUUAUUUUUACUAGCUCUUGCCUUUUCUGGAUACCAAAUAUGUUUUUACAAAUGGAUCUCUCUGCUGAUAUACUUAAACAAAUUUGCAGAGAUUUUACUAGUUUGUCAAGUAAAAUAUUUCUUGUUUCCAUGGGUAACAUUUAUAUCAGGUUUGAUAAGGAACAACACUCUAUACGCAUGUAUGACGUCACUGAUAUAUUUAGCCUUAUAUCGUACCCUAAUCAACGCUUAUUAAAGGACCAAUGCACACAUUCACCUAUAUGUAAUCCAGUGUUUUCAACCUUUUUCUGUCGCAUUACAUUUUUAUAUUGAAAAAUCUCACGACACGCCACCAACUAAAAAUGCUAGAAAAACUACACUUUGGAACCUAAAGAUGACAAAACGAUAUUUCAAAUUAUUUAUGCUCACUCGCUGUUUACAAUAUAGUCACUAUUACAGUACAGACAAUCGAUGAUGGCAGCUAAUUUGCAGAUAAUAAAGAAUUUCGAUUCCUCGAAUAGGAUUUUUAGGCCAUUUAAGUUAAAUUAGAUAAUUUUCCACGGUACACCUCACAGUUUCUCACGGUACACUAGUGUGAUGUGGCAUAGUCGUUGAAAAUCACUGAUUUUAUCUUCAGUCAUAGCAUAUGUAUUUGGCACUUUCCCAGAAAACCCAUAGUCGGAAAUUUUAUAUUAGUAUUAUUUGCUUUUCGUAACUGAAGCAUCUAUACUUGGCAUCAUUAUUUGUAUAAAAACCAGCUUUAUUUGUAGUUUUAUUAUUUUGUUUAUUUGACUGCUUUUGAAAGGUCAGUUAAUAUCAAUAAAAACAUUUAUCAAUUUCAAUGUAAAAUUAAUCCUCGCCCCAUUAAUAGAACCCCGUGUAUAAAUUCUGAUCGUAUUUGCGAGUAUUGAUUCUUUGCAGGAAGUAGAAUAUUACCCGAACGACAAAUUACAUUGAUUUUCAAAGACCAAACAAAAUAUCUUUGCAGUAUUUAUGGAUAGUUAACGACACAAGAGCAAAUUGCUUUUUAUUACUUAGCCCUGGAUGCGCUCACGAAAUGAUUAAUUUCUUUGUUUGUACUUUAUGUUGAUUAAAUACUAUUUUUAUAUGAAAAGCCCGCGUAAUGUAUUGCAACGCACAGUUUUCCUUGCAUAAGAAACAUCUAACACGUGCCCCUUUUUAUUGGCAAUUAUUUGAAACCCAAGACUGAAAAGGCUAGUUUUAUCCCUGAAGUUGUUUAUGCCAUAUCCUUAAAACAUUUGGUCAUCCCUUAAGAAAACUUUUACAUUUUUCCCCCACGAAAAUAUUGUCACGAAAAUAAAGUUUCUGAAUGAAAAAAUUUCGAAUGUUUGCGAUCUAAUGUUUCUAUUAAGAUGUUAACUGUAUUUUAUUAUUGAUUAUUAUAUAUUUAAGAUAAAAACUUUUUGUAAUAUAAUCGAUUUGUGGGUUGUCUUGGGCUGAUGGGUACAUUUUGAAAGAAACCCUUUCAUAUGUAUCUGUUGCUUAUGGGGCUGUAUGUACUGAAACGUUUUGAA